AAUCCCUAGAGGUCUGCCCAACUGUUUUUCUGAUUCUUGAUUUCUUUCUGCCAUGGAGAGAACAUGAGAUGAAGAAAAAGGAGAUGAAGAUAGGAUGGGAGAAGAGGGCGAGGAGAGCAAGAGAGGCUAGUCUCCUUUUGCACCAUCGCAACUGGUUGGCUAUCACUCAGGGGCUCACAUGGGACUCCAUAUAAAUAUGAAAAUAUGGGUCCGCCCCUGUUGCACAACCUUCUUACUUUUUGCGUAAUCCUGUCCUCACCAGAACGGCUCCUGUCUCCUUGGGAAGUUUCUCCUGUCAAUCUCUACCCAGCACAUUUGUGCACGAUAAAGCCAAACAACCCAACUCUCUCAGAUCAUAGACUGCUUUUCCUUUCCUCCACGACUCAUCAGGAAAUUGGUUCUUUGGCUCAGAGGACCUCUCAACUUCUGACCAUGAAGGGUGUUGCAUUGAGAUGGAGAGCUGCAACAGUUGUACUGCAAGGACUGCUGGUGAUGACCUUUCUUCUUUCAGGAAUUUCUGCCUUGAGCUGUCAUAGCUCCAACACCGUGAAUCAUUUCACUCCGCACAAGGGCAACACCACAGUGUAUGUCUCCGCAGUGGGUGGCAUUAUCAACUGCUCCAGUGCUCAGAACGUUUGCACAGAUGCACAACUUACAUUAACUAUAGAUAAAGAAGUUUUGAUAGUGAGCCACAAAGGCUGCGCCAGCAAGGACCUUAAGAAUGAAACAGAAUCUAUAACCUCUGGUGACCGACACUUUGCCAUCCAGUUCAACGAGAGCUACUGUUUUGAUGACCUUUGCAAUGCGAAAACAGAAACGAGGGAAGCUCCCAGGACCCCUAUUGAGGACGGAGCAGCUGAAGCAAGCGGCUCCAACCAGUGUUACGCAGGAUUUGCUUGGGGCCCCGGUGAAACCGUCCAGCAGACUAUGACAUGCAGCAGGGGCUACAACCGGUGUUACAAUGGCACCAAGAGCAUUUCAGUAGGACCCCUUCUCGUAUCCAUGAUCUUCAGGACCUGCCAGCGUCCAGCCUGCGAUGUGUCUGAGAGCCAAUCCUUUGGCCCUAUAAAUAUCACCAGCGAGUCAGGGUCUUGUUGUUCAGGCAGCAAUUGCAACGAGGAGGAGGUUGGCAUUCUGAACAAGGGAAUCAACCCAACAGCUCCUGUCAAAAUAGAUUAUAAUGUGAGGAACAUUGCCAACCCAAACCUCUUUUAUGAUCAGGAUGAGGAUGAGGAUGAGAGUGAUAAACUCGUACGUACAGAAUGGCUUGGCCCCGUGCAGUCAGGUGUCCAAGGGUUCAGCCUUCAGCUUUGCCCUCUCCUGGCAGCCCUAGGAGCCACCAUCCUCGGGAUAUGGGGGUGAGGAAGGGGGUUUGGGAGUACCUGAACUGCCAGCAUUUGGGUUUGGAAGGGCUGUGUUGUGGAGCACAGAGGAAGGAAGAAGGGAGGGGAAUUAGUGCUCCAAGACAGUGAUCAAUCCCAACCAAUUGCAUGUAUGGCUCAUAUAUAUAUAUAAUUUUUUUAUUUUGGAUGGCCACCACCUUGGAGUCUGAUUCUCCCUCCCAAAACCAAGCAAUUUGUUUGCUUCCCAGGACCCCACAUAUUUGGGCUGUGAUAGCAACAUACUAAGGGCUAUACCCAAUUCAGUUCUACUCAGGCAAUAAACCUAUUGAACAACAAUGCUAUUAUAAGUACCUGGGCUUGGGUUUUAAUUCAAAACUGUCCUGGAAGCCACACCUACUCACAGCUAAAUUGAAAUCCUCUCACUCUUCAUUAUGGUUUUCCAGAGUUCGGGGGGGUUAUAGUUGCCCCCACAGUUGAGGUAUUUCAAAAGAAGAUUGUGCCACAAUUAUUGUAUGGUGCACAGAUUUGGGGAUAUAGUAAUGGCCGCCCAUUAGAAGUGGUGCAGAACUCUUUCCUGAAGUCACUGUUGAUUGUCCCCAAAGGUACACCGGCCCCCUUUUUAAGAGCUGAACCAGGGCUAAUCUCCUGACAAACCAGUGUACAUGUAGCAUAUAGUACUGGCUGAAGUUGGCUAGCAUGAGUAAUACUAGGCUCCCUAAAAAAUGCUUCUUAGAGCAAUUGCAAUCUAUGCCCCAAAGCUCUUGGGCAGUAAGUAAGAUUCUCCAUUAUUAUGGGAUUGAUGUGGAAUCCCUACCAAAUUUUGCCUCUAACGGAGUCAAACAACACAUCAAAGAAAAAAUUUAUUCUGACUCUAAAUAGAGGAACCUUCAUUCACUUUCCCAGAUAGCAUACACAUCGUGGUAUCCAAUAUAUAAAACAUAUUUUGGGCUGGAGGAGGACUUUAUUAAUCUCAUGCUGGAACCAUUUAGAAAAGCAUUUACAGCUCUGCGUCUUCAUUGUACGCCCUCUGCAUAUCUAAUGGGAAUACCCUGUGUACCAAAGGCUCUGCAUCUGUGAGUCGUGAGACAUGGAGGACAUUCAACACUAUUUGUUAUGAUGCCCUUUAUAAGCCCUUGUCCCCUAGACAAGAAUUCCUCGAUUGCAUCCUUUGCUUUCUUUCUAACUGAACUCCCCUUGAGCGAAUCUCUAUUUUGCUGGCUGGCAAUAACUUAUUUACUACUGCACUGGUUGCAAAAUUUGCCUUGGCUGCAAGUAAGUUGAGAGCUAGGCACCAAGACAGGUAUCAUAAGGGGAAUGUGAGAAGUGGCGUGCUUAACUUAUGCAGGUGUAAUUUUUGCAUUUUUGUAUGUAUGCUUUGCUAUUGUUGUUGUUGUUCAGUUUUAAAUCAGUUAUUUGUAUUCUACGCAUCGUGACCAAUUGUGAUGGCUUAUAGCUUUUUCCAAUAAAGAUUUCAUUCAUUCAUCA